AUUAAAUGAGCUGAUUUGUGGUGGUCCAGGUUUCGCCAGUUUUACUUUCACCAAUGGCCCAUCGUGAUGGUCGUGUGCCUCUCCCAAAUCUGCGACCCGACCGACCAGUUACAUUGGGGAAGCUCUAUAAGCUCUAGUCUCCAUCCGCCAUUUUCAGCACAUUGGAAAGCAGGUAGACCCAAAACUACACAGUGCCGGUAAAAAACAACAGAAUCCAUGAAAUAAGAAAAGUCUUAGGAGUCUCGAAGUUCAACUGAGUGUUAAAUCCUUGGUGUAGAGGCUGUAAUGGCUUUGCCUCAAGGAACAUAUGAAACCUUGGAUGACAUCCCAGCCCAUGUGUGGAAGGGGCUGCCAAACAGCAUGAAGCUGGGACCGUCAGCUGUCAACCCCAAUCGCAUUGGGGUUUGGGCGUCUAGAUUAAUACCUAAAGGCAAAAGGUUUGGACCAUUUGUAGGAGAACGAAAGAAGAGAUCUCAAGUGACAAGCAAUGUUUACAUGUGGGAGGUGUAUUUUCCAGCCUGGGGGUGGAUGUGUGUAGAUGCCACAGAUCCAAUGAAAGGAAACUGGUUGCGGUAUGUGAACUGGGCACGCUCUUCUCAAGAACAAAACCUCUUCCCACUGGAGAUCAACCGAGCUAUUUACUACAAAGUGUUAAGGCCAAUCGGACCGGACGAAGAACUUCUCGUGUGGUACAAUGGGGAAGACAAUCCUGAGAUAGCAGCUGCAUUAGAGGAAGAAAGAACUAGCAACCUGAGCAAGAAGAGUUCACCUAGAGCAAAGCGAGCAAGGAGGAAGCUGUCGGAAAAAGCCAGGCAGGCUGAUUUGGGCGGAUUCUGUGAACCGAAGAAAUCGAGUGCCGCUGAACCCUCAAUCACAGAGAUGCGGGACUCGGAGGAAGGGCUUAAUGGUGAGGAAGGACCCUCUUCACCUUCAGAGUUGCAACAGGAGAAUGCAGCUUCCCAGUCGUCCUCUACGGAAAAUGAAAACCCUGUCCAGUCUCAUACAACAGACAUGAACCAGAGGGAAGGAUCGGAUGGGGAAAAUGCAGACGAUGAUGGACAGCUGCAGCAGCCACAGUUAAUUCAGAGCCCACAGCACCCCUCUGAGGCAGAAUCAGUUGAUGGGAAUGAAAAAUCUCUCCUGCAUUUACAUUCGGGCAGCCCUGCAGAAGAAAGCUCUGAGAGCCCGCUGUGUGAUACGGAGUGUAUAUCUUCUUUAGCAAAUCCUGAGUUAGAGGCAGAGGGGGAUUUUGAGGAUGACCCUCAAGGAGAAACAUAUCCCUGUCAGCACUGCGAGCGCCAUUUCUCCACCAAACAGGGCCUGGAGCGCCACACUCACAUUCACACUACUUCAAACCAUCAAACUCAUACAUUUAAGUGCCGGUACUGCGCCAAGCCCUUUGGCUCUCAGGUAGGCAGGCGCAGACAUGAACGCAGACAUGAAAACGGGAGUAAAACUUUAAAUAGGCCCGGAUCACUUAGCGGAACUUCGUUCCUCCACAGUCCUACGGCACCCAGUGAUUCUGCUACCUCUGGCAGUGCAUCCUCUCCAAGCCAUUCAGUUGUUAUGAACACACAGAAUGGUCCACCUCAGCAAACCUCCGACAGUUUGAAAAAAGAGCCUGGUGCUGAAUUUGACCGACCUUUUAUAUUGGAUGAAAGUGGGGAGUCAAAAGAGCUUCAUCCUUGCAAGUACUGUAACAAGGCUUUUGGCACACACACCAACAUGCGCAGACACCAGCGCAGAAUCCACGAGCGGCAUCUAAUGCCGAAAGGUGUGCGUCGGAAAGGUAUGCUCCUGCAGGAUGGCUCUUCCCAACAGCAGCAGCAUGAACAAGGUCAGCCUGUUUCACUCCAGGAAGAGUCACCAAGUGCCAGUCCACCACCAAUUUACGUGCCCAGUGUGGAGACCGAGGAUGAGGGAGAAAGAGAGGAGUGUAUGGUUGAUAUCUCUAACAACAUUUCUGAAAAUCUCAGCCAUUACAUUGAUGGAAAGAUCCCAUCUACAAGCACAGUGAGCAACUGUGAGGUCAUUGAGGUUGAUUCAAGCACUGCAGCGUUGUUUGGCCUUGAUGCUCUCUUACUUAGUCCAAAACAAGUUACUCACACUCUUAAAGUUGAAACACGGACUUGUCCAGUCAAAGAAGUUUCAUGCGUAGCUCAGACAGCUGCUAAAAGACGAACUGCUACACCACCAAUGCUGCCUGCUGUGAAAAUGGAAACCGAAACGGCAUCCUCCUCUUCCUCCCUGUCCUCCCCUUCCUCUCAGUCCUCAUUGUUGGUAGGAAACAUUUUCUCCCAGUCAACUGAAACGUUAGCUUUUCAGAAGGAGAAAACAGUUUAUCUCUCUCCGAAACUCAAACAACUACUACAGGCCCCGGACGGACAGAAACCAGCCAUAGGUCUAAUUACAGAUAGCCAUAGAUUGACCACCCCGCUUUCCGUAACUUCACUGCCUGCUGUCCAAGGAAAGUUUAAAAGAAGAACUGCCUCCCCUCCCACAACUUCACAGAGUAGCCCGCCACAAAAAACUGAAAGCGUAAUCUCUGCAACUGGAGGUUCAUGUUCUCUGAAAGUGCCAAAGAUUGAAAGCCAUUGCAUGGCGCAGUCCUGGAAUUUGUCUAGCCAAGAUCAUGGGGACGCCGUUAGCCUAACAGGAAAAGACUGGUCUCCUUCAAGAAGCGGGGGGAAUUCUUGCAAUCAGCAGCCGCUUGACCUUUCGAGUUCCUUCACUAAAAAAGACAAUAGUGUAAGCAAAGGCUCUGGAGAGGCUGUGCUUGACUUGAGUAUGAGCCGUAAAAGUCCUGUCGAUCAUGAAGCAAAGACAAGCUCAGCCACACUUAUGCCACAUGUGAAAAGAAAGAAACCCAAUACCAGCAUUUUAGAGAAAGUCUUAAUGAAUGAGUAUGCUGGCUUAAACUCACCUGGGGAUGAAGGAUCCAACCCUGUUGGAAGCCCUGACGCUCUUUCGUCUUCUGAGAGUGCCACAGGUGUUGGCCCUUCUAGUCCCGGAUCAGGAUCAGAGCGCCUUCCUUGUGAAUCAACCUCUCCUCCCUCUCUGACCCCUAUGACUAUUAAUCCAUCCUCUCCAUCUUCAUCUAGUAUAGCAUCAUCUACACCCCCUCCUCCAGUCUUACCCACUAUCCCAUCACCUCCACCUUUAUCAUCGCCUCAUUUUCGGAUGUCAGAUGCUUCAUCACCUGCUCCGUUUCCUGUGUUGUCCCCUAAAAUGUCCCCCAAGGCAGAUGAUAGUUUAGAGGAAGCUUUGGAUUCGUCUGCUUUAACAGAAUCAUGCCAUGAUGCAUUAAAUUCCAUUGUUAAUGAAUCAGACCAAACUGCUGAGCAGUUAGACCCUGCGAUUUCUCCACUGCCUCAGGAUGCGAAAAGACAUUGUACAGCAGAUUCAUCUUCAAAGUCGGAAACACUACUUGAGGGCUCAACCCAUGAUUCUAAGCCUCAGUUUUUACAAAAUGCAGAUCAAGCAGGUUCUUCUCACCUAAAGUGGGAUACUGCUUCUGAAACCAGCCAAAGCCAUUCCUGUGAAGGAACUCCCCCUCAAGACCUCAAUAAUAAAACAGAAGGCAGACACAAAUCAAAGUCUUCUCUUUCUACAGUACAAUCAGCUCCUAAAAAGGAAUCAUCCUCUCUGACAUUCCUCAGUGAAUUGCAUUCUCCUCAGAAGAGUUCAGUGGCUGAUGAAAAGUUGUUUGUAGAGGAUACAGGGAAAACAGAGGGUCCGGUUGAUAUAACCGCAAAUGGGAGCAACGCUUCACCUGGUUCUCCACCCAGAAGUUCUGAUGAAUUUGAGACACCAGAGCGGGAGACUUUUGUCAAGAAUUUUGUGUGCAAUGUCUGCAAAGAGCCAUUUCGCUCCAUCAAAGACCUUAGUGGCCAUAUAAUAGAGCAUGCGUCAGAGUGGCCUUUUAAGUGCGAGUUUUGCGUGCAGUUAUUCGGUAACGCCACUGCGCUCCUCGAGCACCGCUCCUCUCUCCAUGGUGUGGGAAGAAUUUAUAUUUGCUCCAUUUGCUCAAAGGAGUUUGCCUUCCUCUGCAAUCUCCAGCAACAUCAAAGUGACCUACAUCCAAGUCAGAGUUGCACUCACACUGCCGUCGAAAACGGGAAGCUCAGACCUCAGAAUUACACGGAUCCUGCCUACGCAAAUGUGGAGAAAGACACCGUUCUUGACUCAAUUGCUGGAGCUACCUCUGAGGAUUCUUCUGAGGAGCGCAACAGUGACACUAAAAAGGUGGAUGAGGAGGAAAACGGCCAUGAGGACCCUACAGAAGAACUAUACACUACAAUAAAGAUUAUGGCAUCUGAGGCGGGUAAACCAAAAGGUCCAGAUGUACGGCUUGGCAUUAAUCAACACUACCCCAGCUUUAAGCCUCCACCUUUCCCGUACCACAACCGAACACCCGAUGGCUCGGUUGCUUCCGCCACUCAUUUCACCACACACAACAUCCCCCAAACAUUUAGCACUGCAAUCCGGUGUACCAAAUGUGGAAACAGCUUUGACAACAUGCCUGAGUUGCAUAAACACAUAUUAGUUUGUGCUAAUGCUAGUGAUAAAAGGCGCUACACCCCUAAGAAGAAUCCAAUUCCUCUUAAACAGGUUGUGAAACAGUCUCCAAAUGGUCUUCUUACCACCACAGGAGCUUCUUCUGGGCUGAAUGCUUUCCGCAGGAUGGGUCAACCAAAAAGGCUCAACUUUAACCAAGAUAUAACCUCCAAAGCAAAGUUAUCAGCCCUAAAUAAGAAGAAAAACCAGCUUGUCCAGAAAGCCAUAUCCCAGAAGAACAAGUCUGCUGCCUUUGUAAAGAAACCGACAACCCGGGUAAAGGAAGAGGAGACUCAUAAGGUCCAUGCAUGUCCAUACUGUAGUCGAGAGUUCACAUACCCAGCCAGCCUCAAUAAGCACAUCGCUUGCAGCUGUCCACAAAGACCUGUUGCCAAGAAGUUGAAAAAAGGAGCACUGAUGCCUCAAGACAAAAACAGGAGUCUCCGAAGUCGAGCCACUGACUCUGAAAUCAAACAAGAACCAGUUUCUGGACCAAGUGCAAAGCCCUUGGGGAAGACCAGAGCCCGGAGCUCUGAGCCAGUUGAGAGUGAAGCUCCGCCAGCAAGUAAAGGAAAAGCACCUCAGGUACGUACAAAGAGGCUAACCUCGAAUGCAGACAACACAGCGCCACAAGCUAAGAAAAGCAAAAAGAGCAUUGAGCCAUUGACUUCCAUAACUCCUGCACUUACUGAUGACUCUUCGACACGACAGCCAUCUAAAAUGCAACGAUCUAAGGAGGUGGUUGUUAAAAAGGAGGUUGUUGUUAAAAAGGAGGUGGUUGUCAAAAAGGAGGUUGUUGUCAAAAAGGAGGCUGGUGUGAAACAGACGCAGUCUAAGAAAGAGGAACGUUUUUCGACAAGGACACGGGAGAGAAAAGGUGGGCCGGUGACACGCAGUGUACAGAUGGCUAGUACUUCAGCUCCUUUGGAAGUGAAGACUGAAGACCUCCCAAAUCAUGAACCGGGACAGUCUGAGGAUUCUCCAUUGAAGCUAGCCAGGUAGAACACCACAGUCUCCAAAGGAUUUCUUUAGUCGACGUCUGGAAGGGAAACUUCUUUCAACUAAAUUGGAUUAACUUGAUCACAGCCUGAAUGUUCAGGGGGACCAGGAGUUAUCUCCCUGCUCAUGUUUUGCGUUGGCCCAUUGGAAGUAUCUUCUCAGUGCACUUUUAUAAAUAAGCCUUUAACCCCCUUCCCCCAAAACAGACUGAAGAAAAUAAUAAAUAAAUAAAUCUCUAUCAAGCAUAAUGUUACUUGAUUUAUAAAUGUUGACCUUCUGGUUUUGUUUAGGUAUUGCAAGAGGCAAUCAUUCAACCGUUUCUCUUUCAUAGACUAAUUCACCCCGUUUAAUUCGUGAGGUUUUCGGAUCCAGUGGUCUCCUAAUGCAUGUGCUUCUGUAUACAGUAUGAUUGGACUGAUCCUCUCUUCAUGACUGUACUCCAUUUUGACCUGCUCCUCUUUUACUGAGAAAUUAUUUGAAGAGUAUAUAUGUAUAUUUAAGUAAAUGUAAUCCUUCACAGGGAAUGUUUAUCAUACUGAGGCUCUCACCUGAGAGGCUUUUUUUGUUUUUACUUCGUUGUUGAUGUUUUUGUUUAUUUGGACAGUUAAUGAAUUGAGCUGUUUGAUACAGUCAGAGUGAGCAGGAGAAAAAAAAAAAGUUUGCUGUAUGUAAAAGGUAUUUGACCUUCACCUAAACCAGCCAAAACCGUAAGCCAUUUUUUCUUUUCUCUGUACCUUUUGUAAUCUACAGCAGGGCUGCUGGCCAUUAAAAUUACACUAAAACUACAUCUGGGAAUGACAAGCUCUCUUCUGCACUUGCAUGAAAAUGAAUUGAUAGCUGUAAGUGCCAUUAUUACAACCCAAAUUAUGUAAUUGUUUGCCUAUUAGUGAUCUGGUCAAUCAGGUUACUCGUUUCUGAAGAAAAGCACUUUAUUUAGGCUAAUUUGCCUUUUAUGGAUAUCUCAAAGUUUGAGGUGAUUUUACAAUAUGUGAUGACACCUGCUUGAAAACUGUAUAAAAACAGCAUUAAUUUUCACUGGUAUGUUAUAAGCACGUAUGUCAUAGCUUGAGGCAACCUCAGAAAUUUGCUUCCAGUCUAUUAAGACCUAGUUAAUGUCGCAUUAUUAGUAUAAUAAUUAGCUGUAUUGCCAUGAUGCCACCACAAGCACUCAGUUUCUUUAGUAACCAAGCAUUACACAAAGGUUUUGUUUUUAGCAUUUCUCAUUUUUAUAAAAUGGAUAAGGCCUCUGCUUUAAUAGAACACCAACUGGACUCAAAAUCCUUAGUGGUCUACCUCCUGGCAAGCUUUGAACUGAUGCGUUUUCUGCCUUUGGACAGCGUAAUCCCUCUUACUCCUAAGCCUGUCUCUGCCGUGUCAUUUCCACUUUACAACCUGGACAAUGAGGACAGGGAUCUCAACAAGAUCGGAAUGCUUGAAAUGUUUUUAAGCAAGGAACUUGAAACGAUACUUCUUUUUCUUUACAGAAAUUUCAUCUUGCAGUAUGUCUUUGCUGUCCUGCAUUGAUAUAUUUUUGGGAAUGAAAUGUUGACUGUGUUUUGUGAUUAUGAGUAAUAACCUUCACAAAUGUAAAAUGCAUUGUUCUAAUUGAUAUAUUAAAUUGUUUUUUUUCAGUGUAUUUUUGAUUUUAGCUUUUAGUUUAACACUAGGUAUUACUUUGAAGUGAAGUGGGAGAGAGAGAGAAGGGGGUGGGAUCGGGAGCUGGGUUUCGAACUCGGGACGCCCGUGGUGCAAUGGCGCUGUAUGUCGGCGCGCUGCGCACAAGGCUGUCGGCGCCAACACAAUGAAUUCUGUAAUUGGGCAAGUGAACGUACUGUGAACGGCCAUUAACAGAAGCCAGAGACGUUGAAGAGGAGCACAAAGAGGAGGAAAUACUGUAGCAGGCAGAUCAAGCUCACUGUUCACCAUGCGCGAAAUAUCCACCUUAUUUUGUGGUAAGAGCGGGUGUGGCCGUUUGUACGUUUUAUGGGCCUGGCUUCUGGUCCCAUCUGCGUCAAGCUAUUUUUAGCUGUACCUAGCAGCUGCCUGAUAUUGCAAAUUGGUGUCUUACAGUAUUAUUUUAACAUAUUAAUUACAAACACUGGUUUGUAGCGCAAACAGUUCUAUCAUUUACUGCACGUGAACUGGGAGUCUGGCCCAUAGGCUAGGACAGGAAGAAAAUUAUAAAUGCUAAACUGGGGGUCUUAUAUGAAUGUAUUUCUGAGGGGAACUGACUUUCUUCAGAAAAGUUUGGAUAGUAUUUUCUUUUCAUCUUACCUCCUUAUAAUGCAUAUUAAUGUGGUGUUUAACCAUCAAAGACCCAAAUAUAGAAAAAAAUGCAAAAAAUUCUUUGACCUUUAAAAUGUAGGAGGCCUCUAAUGCAGAAAUAAAUGGGUUUAUACAUUUUUGACAUUUAGUGAGUUUUUAGAAAAAUGUAAUAUUGCAACAUUGGGCUCUUGGGGUUGCAGAAUUUCUGUUGUUUUACUCACUAUCUGAGGUUCAUUUGCAAGGGUGUAAUGCUUCUUUAACCUUUUAUCAGUGGCCUAUGUGAAUGUGUACAAUAAUAAUACAAUAAGACAUUUUUAUGAACAAUUAAUUUGUUAUAUGCUCAGAUUAUAUUUACAGAACCUAAAUGAAAACUUCGCAUAAAAACUAAUUACUUGUAUCGGAGUCAAUGUCAAAGUCACUGUUCCCAUUUUGGACAGCAACAGUUAUAUCAAACACAUAUAAUGAGACUGUCUUUCCUGGCUGAUGGCAUUCUGAAAUAGAAAAAAAAAAUGAUUAUUUUCUAUGCUAAAUCAUUUCAAUGCAAAUCAAGCCCAAUCAAACUUGCACCUUGUAAAGAAUUCACCCAUUCCACAGAAUUCACACAUUACUGUCUGAUAGUUUAUUGUGCCCUUACUUAUCAUGCUAAUAACACUGAACCCCUACCUGUCCCUCAUGCAGCGUGGGCAAACAAACAAAGCCCACAAAAAAAGACAUCAGGACCAGUUAAGUAUAGGGGAGCGCGAGGCACAACUUAACACUUUUUGAAUCUCUCAGUUUGUGUAAAUCCACGUGGGGAUCAGAGUAUAAUUUUUUAUCCACGUUAAUUUCACACUUGUCUAGUACAAGUAUGUAGCCUUGUAUCUUAAUUACAGUGUGUACGUUUUUCGAUAUUUACCUCUAAAGAAAGGAAGUGAAAAGUGACAAUAUGCCCCGUAUGUGGGGUACAUUGUAACAUUUGAGGGGCACGACCCUGAUCGCAAAACACAGAUACAGUCAGUGUUGGGGAGUAACUAGUUACAUGUAAUGGAAUUACGUAAUUUAAUUACAAAAUAAAUGUAAUUGUAAUUAGUUACAGUUACUGAGAAAAAUGUGUCAUUAAAUUAGUUACUUUUGAAAAAUGCCAGUGUUUACAAAGGGGAUUACAUCUGAUUUUUUUUCACACCCCCACCCCCACUCACAGAUUUAAUUGACUUCUUUCAUAAAUUGCAUUGACUGCUCUAAAAUGAGACACCAAUGUUUCAGGAGUUUAGAACACAGAAUAGGACACAUGCUUAUUCGAUAACUAUUUUAUUUCCUAUUUGGGUUUAUGCAUAAAUUUUAUUUUUUAAGAUUGUUUUUUCCAAGACAUUGUUAGAUGCUAGUGUUUUCUGUCAUAACAUUUGAUUUCAAACCCAGUAUCAUAGCUAUUAAACUAUUUCUUGUUAUGAUGUUAUUCAUGUUAUGAUCUUAUUAUGACAUAUAGCGCAACUGCGCUCACGGUGACCCCAGUUCGAUUCCCGUCUCCAGGUUCUUUGCGGAUCCCGCUCCCCUCUCUCCUCCCAGCUCUUUCCCGUCAUCUCUCUACUGUCUUAUCACAAUAAAAGGCAUAAAAGCC